GACAGAGACAUAAAGAACAGAGAGAGAAAGAGACAGACAGACAGACAGACAGACAGACAGAAAUAAAGAGCAGAGAGAGAGUGCCCAUGCAGUCACUGCAGUGUGUCCGGUGUGAACUGCUGUGUGUUAAAUGGUCACACAAUAGAAGAUGAAAUAUGCAGGAGUCUUAUAUUAAACACAGAAGAUAGCAAACGGAUACAAACUGCUGACUGAGGAAGAUGAAAAGUGGCUGCUCACGGAAAUGAAAAUCUCCUUGGAUGUCUAACUUUUUUUUUUUCCCCAACACGUCCCAUUUUGUUAGACUCAUCCAAAGGAGAAGUUUGCUGACUCUUCUGAUUUAAGCUCUAAGGAACACGAUAUGGACCUGGACAUGUGAAUUACUCAGUGAGCAGUUUCUUAAAAGGUGUCAUUACUGAAGAUUUAACAGUGUGAAGCGGCAUGUUCUGAGUCCUCACGGCAGGACUGAGGUGUUUCAGCUACAACCAAAUCUCCACUAAAGUAUCCUCAUGGAUUUCUCACACGUUCUAAAAGACACAGUGCAGGUUUUAACAUGACUUGAAAUACAAGAAACACGCACGUGUGUAACAGGUGCAACGUUCCUUUAUGUAGUUGACGCAAUCAAAACAAAAACCCCUUUUUCUCAGCUCAAAACAUUUAUCUUUAGAAGGAGCUGUUUGACGGAUUGGAUGUUCUCCAACUAGACCGAAAUGUGACUGAAAAUAACAUGUGAACGAUCAGAUCUGUUUGGGAACAAGCGUAUCUUCAGUGUGCUUUAGGAAGAGAGUGUUGCUCACUCGGACAAAACGUUCUCUUCCUUAUUUCAUAUCAGAAUCCACGGACAGAACAACAGUAACGGCUUAUUUAACAUUGCGUCCAAUUUUUGUCUUAAUUUCACAUCUAAGAUAAAGCAGAGAUGACUAUGGUAGCUUCUAAGACAACAGUACCGUGUUGAUCUGCUGUUCCAUUUCAUAUCAACCAGAAAGCUUUACCAAGGUUAUCUUCUUGACGAGCUUUUUGUCUCAACGUCUAAGCUAAAGCUGCAGGAAGGACAGAAUUAUAUUUGUGUGACAUAUCACACUGUGUUAUAAGACAAUAUUAUCCAAUUAAUUUGAAUUCCAUUUCACCAAUAGCUAUAGCAGGAAUAGCAGUAACUGCAUAAUCAGUGUCCUGGAAUUGUGUGUGUGUGUGUGUGUGUGUGUGUGUGUGUGUGUGUGUAUAGAUAUAUUUGUGAAUCACUUUGUCAAACUGUAUUUUGUAUUUUGCUCAGAGGAUAGCUUUAGCAAGGACAAGCUUUAGCGAGGAACUACCUGACUUCAUUUUUAAGCUAGCAUUAUCAUUAGCUACAAAAGUAGUGAUCAUCUGAGAUAACCUUACCAUCUAGGAUAAAAUUACAGAAUGGAUAUGACUAUCCAUGUGUAUAUAUGAUGCUGGUUUGUUCAAGAUGUUGCGCAGAGGCUUGUUUUUGUGGCUUUCUCGCAUCUGUGGCAUUCUAGUCCUCGUUUGCUGCUUCCUUUCUCUCCUCUACGUCAUCACUUGCAACCCUCAUACCGAUGACCCCUUGGUGGCAUCCAGGCUGGGCGCACCAGGCUCUCCAAGAGGGCCUGGGGUUCCUGGUGUACUCAGCGGCGCCCCCUUGGGUUCAUCAAGCCACGAAAACUAUCAAGCUCUGCUUCAGGAACGUGAGGAACAGCAACGGCAACACAUUUCCAGCCUGAAGAAACAAAUCGCGGAACUGAAGGAAGCCCUGCAAGAGCGAGUCGAGAGGCCGAAGGAGCUUCAGGAAAAAUCGGGCAACGCAGGGACCGAUCUGAACGAGUUUCUCCGCGCACAAAUGGGCCGGGCAGAGAUAAGUGCAGGUGUCCGGUUGCCAAACGAGUAUGCUGUGAUACCGUUUGAGAGCUUCACACUGCAGCGUGUUUAUCAGCUGGAGACAGGACUGACACGUCAUCCUGAGGAAAAACCAGCGAGGAAAGAUAAACGCGACGAGAUUAACGAAGUAGUGGAAAGUGCUGUGCACACGCUGAACUCACACAAACACAAUAUGGGAGAUAAAUUUAGUGCAGACAAGGUGUACAGCAUGGCUGACUUCAUUGAAGGUUUAGCACGAACAGAGAAGGAUAAAGGAACACUGUAUGAGCUGACGUUCCGUGGAGAUAGGAAGAACGAGUUCAGGCGUCUGGUUCUGUUUCGUCCGUUUGGCCCGUUGAUGAAGGUGUCGAACGAGCGUGUGGCGACAUCUCACACCAUUAUCAACAUCAUCGUACCUCUUUCACAGAGAGCCGACAAAUUCAAACAAUUCAUGCACACCUUCAGGGAGGUGUGUAUCAAGCAAGAUGGACGAGUACACCUCACUGUUGUCUACUUCGGCCAAGACCAGAUGAACGAAGUCAAAGGAAUCCUGGAGAACACAUCCAGAGAGCUAAACUUCCGUAACUUCACGAUGAUCCACCUGAACGAGGAGUUUUCCCGAGGCCGAGGUCUGGAUGUGGGUGCCCGAGCCUGGAAAGGAGGAAACGUUCUGCUGUUUUUCUGUGACGUCGACAUCGUCUUUACUGCUGACUUUCUCAACAGCUGCCGACUGAACACACAGCCAGGAAAGAAAGUGUUUUAUCCGAUUCUGUUCAGCCAGUAUAAUCCCGCAGUGAUUUAUGGAGGCAGCGAUCACAUCCCGCCUGUGGAGCAACAACUGGUGAUUAAGAAAGACACAGGCUUCUGGCGGGACUUUGGUUUCGGGAUGACCUGUCAGUACAGAUCCGACUUCAUCAACAUCGGUGGGUUUGAUGUGGAUAUUAAAGGGUGGGGUGGUGAGGAUGUGCACCUCUACAGGAAGUACCUGCACAGUAACCUGCUGGUGAUCCGUGCUCCGUCUCGCGGUCUUUUCCACCUGUGGCACGAGAAGCACUGCGCUGACGAGCUCCCACCUGAGCAGUACAAGAUGUGCAUGCAGAGCAAAGCCAUGAACGAGGCGUCACACGGGCAGCUGGGAAUGCUGCUCUUCCGGCAUGAGAUCGAGGCUCACCUGCGCAGACAGAAGCAGCGUAGCGCCGCCAAGAAAGCCUGACGCAUGGACCACGGUGACUUACAGGCACAUGAAAAACUAUGAUAUAGAAUAGAAAACUUGUGAAUUGCACAGGCUUUGUGUUUUUGAUUUGUCCUAUUGACUUGGAAAUGACAGUUGUUUCAACAGGAACACACUCAAGAAUCCUAUGUAGCUUGUUCUUUCGACGAUACACUCAACCAGUUGAGUGGUUAAAGGUUUAACAAUGCUGUUGCUAGGCAACUGGAAGCAUAGAUGUCAAGCAUAAGCUAGCUAAUGACUGAGGCUAAUGAUGUAGCAAGCUAGCAUGUAGGCUUUUACAAUGUAAAGGCACAGAGAGAGCAGAAACAAGAUAAAACUUUUAGAAAAUGUUGGUAAACAGUCACUACAGCUAAAAUUACACUUAGCAUCAACGGCUAAUCACAUUUCUCUGGGUUCUGCUGACAUAUCAACAUUGCGUCGCAACUCAUGCAUGAAUCCGUCUCUCCUCGGAACAUCGUUUAUGAUUUAUGAUUUAACAUCCCAAAUGCUAGCACACAUAGCCAUCCUAAUAAUAACUUUUUGAUAGACGUUCUUUUAUUUUUAAGUCGUUUUACACAGUUAUACUGCAAGUGGUGCAUGUUAAAUAAGAAAGAAAACUCUCCAAUACCCCUUUUCCACCAAAUCAGUUCCAGGGCUGGUUCAGGGCCGGUGCUGGUGCUGGUUCACAACUCGUUCAACUUGCGAGCCAGCUGAGAACCAGUUUGCUUUUCCAUAGCUCGCGGUGCUAAGGGAAGCCACGUCAUUACGUCGCUGUAUACGUCAGUUACAUCGCUACGUUUGCAUAAACCUUGGCGCGAAUAUCGAAGCAAAAACAACACGGAAGAAGCAGCAGCAGCAACAACAACAAUAAUAUUAAUAAUAAUGGAUGACUUUGCGUUUGUACAGCUGCUGCUUCUCGUCGCUUAAAAAUGGCGAUCUUCCGCGGUCUUGUUAUUGUUGUUGGUCUUAACAACUCCGCCCCCCCCGCUGAUGUAAGCGGUUCUUUCCUCUGGCCCAGCAGAGAGUUGGUGCUAGCCUGGAACCGGUUUUUCUGGCCCCAGAGCCAGUUCUUUGUCAGUGGAAACAGAAAACCCGGUUCCAAACUAAGCACUGGCCCCGAACCAGCCCUGGAACUGCUUUGGUGGAAAAGGGGCAUAUGUUGCGUUGUUACAGGAAAAUAAUCAGUGUGUGAUAAAGCAAAGUUGCUAAUGGUUACCAUCAGAGGUGGACAGUAACGAAGUACAUUUACUUGAGUACUGUACUUAAGUACACUUUUUGAGUAUCUGUACUUUACUUGAGUAUUUUUUUUUUUGAAACUUAUGACUUUAACUUCACUAAACUUGAAAGACAAAUAUCAUACUUUUUACUCCACUACAUUUCUGUCUUUGUUACUCGUUACUAUGAAGCAGUUUCGAAAGUGGAUUUUUUUUCUUUUCUUUUCUAAAACGUGAUGGUUUUUUCGCAGGUGACAUUGAGACAGCCGGUCAGUAAUCACUAGGGUCACGUCACGUCCAUAGACUGUAUAAAAUCAAGUUCAGUGAUUUCUCAGCAGCGUUAUUUAACACGAUCAGUUGAUGGCAGAAUGAAAGGAGGCAGUUCUUCUGGGGAAUGCACACACACCCACAGCCCAUGAACUCAUGUUUCAGUUUUCAGAAAGGAUUAAAGAUACGUUUCGUUUUAAACGUUUGCUUUGUUUGCUGAAAACGAACCACAUCAUGGCCUACUCGCCGUCCAACCUGCAGAAGCAUAUUGAGGUAUAUAAAUGUUUUAUUCCAAGAGAAAGCUUGCAAUGAAGUUGUCUGUGCUUUUAGAGCUAGCGAUAACGUUGCAAUAGCUAUGCAGUCUGGUUAGUCAAAUGACUUUCUAUGGAUUUGCCCGCCAAGUUGCUGUAGCCUUGUCCACGGCUAACGAUAACACAUAGCUAGUUAACUUGGACACUGUUAGUUAGCAUGUAAAAAUGGAGUUACGCUAACAUGAAUAAUGUUAAUUUAUCUGAAGUCCUUUCAGAAAUAUGUUUUCGCAUAACUUUGCCAAAUAAACAGAAUGUAGAAAUCUUUCUUUUCUAGUAGCGUUAGCUACCCAAUAUGAUUUAGAGUUUGAAAAGAGUUUCCUAGCAUGUCAGGUGGAGUUUCACUGACUAGCUAGCUUAACAUUAAACCACCAUGAUGGCACGGCAUGCGUUCAUUUUGUGAAUUCACAUUUCUGUCCUUGGUAGCGGCAUUAGGUUUUGUAAGUGUUUUGGCAAUAAUACAACAAUACGUUGACAGAAAAUGUACUUUUAACACUUAAGUAUUUUUAAAAGCAAGUACUUCAGUACUUUAACUUAAGUAAAAAUUUGACUGGACAACUUUCACUUGUAUCAGAGUAACAUUUAACCAGUGGGCUCUGUACUUUGACUUAAGUAAUGAAGUUGGGUACUUUGCCCACCUCUGGUUACCAUCAUGAUGUUAUUCCUGAAGUGUUUUAUUCCUCUUAUACCACAACAAUUUGCAAACCCUAACAAGGUGUUUAUUAAAAAAGCACGUUAUAUUUUGUAUCCAUUUAUAGUUACUGGAGACUCCAUUCAUAAAUAUUAAGUAAACGUCUCCUCACAGAAAAUGUCACCUUAAUCAAGACUUUUUUAAAAAUCAGUUUAAGUAUGUCGUUGCCAUGGAAAUCAACAUCUUCUGACCAAUCAGAAUCGAGAAUUCAGUCGCAUAAUAAAACGUAAAGAUAGCCAUGUUUAUGUUUAUGUGUUAUGUUUAGUGAUCUGGGUUAGGUUUUAGCUGAGUGUGUGUUUAUUUACACACUGAAUAAUUAGCUAAUUAGCUAGUGAGAUGCUGUGACGUAAAUUUCCAGCAACAGGACACGAUCUGUGGAUGUCGCCCCGAAAGAAAUUUCCCAGUCAGUGUAAGCUGAUGACUAAUGAGUAGGAUUUCUAAUGAGAACUCUUUGGGAUGUUGAAUAUAUAGAUGUGAGGAUGUUACGUUCAUUAUUAUGUCAUGGUUAUGUGAUUAUGUGCCCUCUUGUGGUCAUUGGAGGAACUGCAGCAAUUUAAAAACGUAUUUUUAAUUAAAUACAGUGACAGGUUUGCUUGGUGAAAUGUUAAAUAACCAAGUGGAUGGAUUUAUAGAGAAACACAAUGAUAAUAUAAUAAUUGGUAUUAUAUGUUGAGAGUUUGAGACAAUAUCGUUAAUGUGUAUUAUGGUCAAUAGCUAUGCUCGUUCUGUUCUAUGAUCAUCUACUCUAUAUAGAGGAUAUUACACAGUUGCGUGAAGAUAUGAAGUUUAUCUUCGAGUGGUGAAUGUAUAUAUCAUGAAUGAACGAAGCAAACGGUUGAAAAUAUUUUCAACACAAGAAGAUAUUCAUAUCUUCAAGCCAACGUGUGAUUUUCUUUUUAUUAUACAGACACAUUUACAAACGAAAAGGACCCAAAUUUAUCAAAACAAUUCAUCGAUUUCCUCACGAGUGACAUAUAGAGAUUUCUGUCACGGCUUUGGUUCUCCAUGUCCCGGAUGGAGCGCGUAUGAAAAAUACGUGGUGUAUUUCCCAGUAAAACACUCGUGUUUAUAUAAUAUAAAAGUGUAUAUCACAUUAAUGUCUCCAUGAGCUGGACUUUAUUCGAGAUGUUUAUCCAGAAACGCCAGAAUGUUCAUCAGCGUAAGUUCAUCAAGUACAAAAUCCUCUAUAUUUUUCGUUAAAGUUCAUAAAUCCUUACUAUUGAAUAUACUUAAAUUAUUAUACACUUUUAAAUAUUAUCAUGUAUUAAGGGUUCCUUAAUCAGUUGUUCCUCCUAAGAACCUUUAACUAUCCAAGAAUCCUUUUUUCUAAGAUGGUACAAAGUACCGAGAUGGUUUAGGUCAAUUGUAAAUGUCUGCCAGGGUCUAGGUUUUGAGAAGAAAAUCAUUUAUACCACAUACAUACCCAGAUUUUAGAAAAGGUGUUCAAGGGGUCUUGGGGGGGGGCUUCCCAAAAAAAAUGAGUUGAAACCCAAAAAUGAGUAAGAACACACUUUGCUGAAGGUGCCCCAAGAGGGAACACUAAAAAAUCAUUAAAGUUGCUAAAAAUUUUUUUUACCUCCACCAACUUUGUUGGACGAGGUUAUGUUUUCACCCCUGUUUGUUUGUUUGUUUGUCUUUUCCCAACAAAAAGUCAUGAACUGAUUUGGAUGAAAUUUGGAGGAAAGGUGGGCCAUGGGCCAAGGCACAACUGAUUAGAUUUUGACACAAAUCCAGAUAUGUAUGCGGAUCCAGGAUUUUUUUUUGUCUGUUACCAACAUAACUCAAAAAGUAGUGAACAGAUUUGGAUGAAAUUUGGUGGACAGCUUUAGUAUUACCCCAGGUUCAGGUGAUUUGAUUUUGAUGUUGAUAACAUGUGGCUUGGUGGAAAUAUGCACUCUAACAUGUGUCCUAGUUAAGGCUGCUGUUGUUAAUAUAUAUAUUUUUACAUUUCUAUUAAAAAGACUUGGGAAACAUAAAUUUAAAAACUUUAUUAAUUUGCUUUUGGAAUCAAUCAGAACCAAAUGACAUGUUCAGCAAUCCCAACAUACAUGUUUUUGAUUUUGGUUUUUUUUGUGUGUGAUUUUUCCAGAUAUUUUAGACAACCCUCACUUUAAAAAAAAAAAAUCAUGAUUAUUGACAUGCUGGAGAACACAGUGGAGGGAAAAGUAGAAUUUUGAUUUUGUCAUGGAAAGAACUGAAGGUACAAUGUCUCGAAAAUGGCAGUACCUUUGUGAAGUAAUGGUACUUUAAAAAAAGCACUUAAGUACAGUAGGAUAUUGCAUGUAAUUAUGUGAUUAACAGCUUAAUGAUUCUUAAUGAUCAAAUUUAUCAACAUUCAAUAAACUCCAUUGAUCCUUUUUUUUUUGUUUAUUGAACACAUCGUCAGCACACUUGUCUGUGUGUUACCGUAGGUGUUGCUGUUUCUACUGCUGUCUGGCAAUAAGAGGAUACUUUACUGGAUUUACACUUUUUUUUAAAUCAGGGUUUCAGGGUUUUUUCUUCUAUUGCAGCUGCAAUUUACAUCAGUUCUUAUUUAUUGUUUAUAGACAGACUGCAUAUUGAUCAAAAAAAUAUCUUUUUGUUUCAUCCAAAGGCUGUUUAUAGAUACGUAUUAAUGUGCAGAAAUGUAUUUCUAAACUGUCUAAUGAAGGUGAGAAAGGGAGAAAUAAAGAUCUGAAAUGAAACAUUUUUUCCAGUUUGACUCAUAAACAUGUUGAUAUGCAAAGAUGUGUAGAUCAGUAAUAACCAACAGGAUGUUCAGUUUUAUGAACGACAAAUCUUGUAAUGUCAGUCACAAGUUUUUUUGGUUACAAUCACUUUUUUAUUGUUGAAAUACAUUUAUUGGUGUUGGAGAUUGUUGUUCGGGUCCGAACGAAAAAGAAAGAAAGAAAGAAAGAAAGAAAGAAAGACAUUUGAAAGCUACAUUUUGAAUUGAAGUGUUUCGAACUGGACUUGAUGGAAAGGACCAACUGAUGUUCACUUUGUCCUGAGACUCUGUACCAUGUUGUUCCGAAGGAUUUGAAUGGAAGAAAUUAAAGUUAGUUAGUUAGUUAGUUAGUUGAUUGAUUGAUUGAUUGAUUGAUUGAUUGAUUGAUUGACGUCUGAAGCACACAGAAAUACAGUCGCAGGAGAUAUGAUGAGUGGUUCAACAACCUACGACUUAUUUGGUUAAUUUUAGGCCCUGCUCACACUAGAGCUCACGAAUACUUAGCGAUGAAAAAUUGGUAGCAUCGCCACCAGUCGUGUGAUGUACGGCGAAUGUUCUCCGAGCUUCGCGAGUUGUUUUUUGGUGUCUCUACCUCGUGAGUGGCCAAAAACAUCGCAAAAAUUUUUAAUGCACGCAUUGAAAUUUGGUGCCAAUGUUUUGUUUUCGUCGGCAAACUAAGCGGCGAAUACUCGCAGACGGGUUUGGGAAUACAUCCCGAAGCUUGGCGAAGUAUCACCACCAAACACCUCAUUUUCAUUGAUAACCCAUCGCAAAGCAUCGCGAGCUGUAGUGUGACCAUAACCUUACUUCUGCUACAAAAAAACACUUGUGUUGACAAAGACAAGGUGUUUUGUGGUAAAUCAUUAGCUGUAAGGUUUACAAGAAAUCAUUUCAACCUGUACGUACAUACUCUUUUUGUUAAAAACUUUAAAAUGAUAUUUGCGACAUCAGCGACACCUAGUGGCAGGAAGUGGAAACCUGAUUUCUGUCAUGCAGUUGGACAGGAAGGUUGCAAGGUCAAAUCCCUGCACUCAGCAACUGUUCGAAACAAGCUCAGCCUCAGUUCUAUGCUGGAUCAGAUUUCAGAUCAAAUCAUCUGCCAGAUAAAUAAAUAAAGAAAGUUUGAUGAGUUUUCAGCCAAGGACCAUGCUGCAUAUGGUGAAUAUACUUUGUAACAGCUUUUUUUUUUUAAUGAAUGAACUUAAAUUAAACUGUAAGCCAUAUUUAAUAUUAUUGAUAUUAUUUGGACAUCUUCAGAUGCAGACAGAGCCAAGUCUGUGAUCAUUUCACUUAUACAGGAGGUUAAAGAAAAAUUUUUUAGCUUGCCUUUUAAACAGGAAAAUGAAAGCACAGACUUGAAGAGGAAACGGAAAGGUUUGAGAUGUUCCAAAAGUUCAGGCACUAAGAUAAUAAUUGAUGGACAAAUGGAGCAAUUUAGUCUUUAGCUUCUCAUAUUUAACCUAUAUAAUAAGAGAUUUAUAUUUAUUUAUGUUAUACAUUAUUCUUAAUUUGAACCAUUUGUAAAAUGAAAAACCUUUGCACAGAUGAAAUAAGAAACGAUUCGAAACAAAUCUGCCAGUUAUAGGUGUGUGUAGAAUAUCCAUGUUUAAUAGAAAUUUCCUUACUUUUUU